CAACUGAGGGAUGUGGCGUUGCUGUGAACAAGAAUCAGGACUCCAGCAGUAGAGAGAUCCACAGAGCCCGCCGUGAAGCUCCAGAAAAAAUCGUCGACGAUGUUCAAGAAGUGAAGGAAGAUGUUCCACACGAGGCCAGGAGGCUCCUGUGGCAUUCCGAAGACGUCAAUGUCCGAGAGGAUAACCAGAAAAAAUCCCGGACCAAACGUGACCUGUCCUGGCCGAGCAGCAGCCUGGACCGCUGGUCCGACCUCCUGGGCGGCCUGCCCCAACCCGAGGCCGAGGCCGAGGCUCAGCCCGAAGCGGAACCCGACCUCUCCCAAACCCAGGUUCAAGCGGAACCCGGCAUGGAGGAACUCCUUGGGCAAAGUCAACUCCAGGGUCAAAGUCAGAGUCAGAGCGAGAUUGAGGACAUUGGCCAGGCCAUCCAGAUUAUCAACGGCAGCGUAGUUUAUUGUCAGCAGAACUGUGAGAACGGUGGAAGGUGUAGCGGGGUGAACGUGUGCGAAUGCACAAGAGGCUGGACAGGAAGAUACUGUACAGACUACGUAUGUGAAACGCCCUGUGUUCACGGCUCGUGCUCCGGUCCUAACACCUGCUUGUGCGAUGACGGUUACCAGGGAGAAACAUGCGAACAGGCCAUCUGUAACCCAACGUGUGCUAACGGGGAAUGUGUUGCUCCGAACGUGUGUGAGUGUCAGCCAGGGUACGAGGGAGAACACUGUCAGACAGCCAUCUGUCAGUUUUCCUGUGAAAAUGGCGGCUUCUGCUCAGAACCAGACGUGUGCAGCUGUCAGACCGGAUACUCCGGACGUCAGUGCGAAACACCGGUGUGCGACCCCAGCUGUCUGCAUGGAGGGGCGUGUGUUGCUCCGGACACCUGCAACUGUCAGCCCGGCUGGGAGGGGUCGAUCUGUGACACACCCACCUGUGAAUCGGAGUGUCAGAACGGAGGUACUUGUACGGGGCCCGGCCGCUGCACCUGUCCGGAAGCUUUUGGUGGGCCACAGUGUCAAUACGACCUUUACGAGGUUACUCAGGCAUCACCAACCCUAGCGCCUGACCACAGCGGGCGAUUCUGUGGUGCAUUCGGACGUCAGCACUACUUCACGUAUGAUGGGCAUUUCUACACCUUCCCUGGUACCUGCCAGUACCUACUGUCUGGGGACUGUGCUUCCAGUACAUUCCAGGUGUUUGUCCGUAAUGACCCCAACUGCACCGCCUCCUCCCCGCUGUGUAAGCGUGAGGUCAGAGUUCACAUGAUGGGCCUGACAGAUGACCUGAUCCUCCACCAGGGACACAACUACGAGGUCACCAAGGGUGAUGUGACCUUGUCUCUGCCCAGCUCUGAAGAAGGUGUUAAGGUGGAGAAAGUUGGAGACUACGUCCGUGUCAUCCUUGAGCCUGAUUUCGAUGGAAAGCUGGUGAGGGUUGUAGUGUACUGGGAUGGUUUGACAAGUGUGUAUGUCGAAGUUGACGAGGACCUUGCAGGAAACCUUUGUGGUCUAUGUGGCAACUUCAAUGGAAACUCAACAGAUGAAUACAGACUCAGAGAUGGCACUUCCAGCAGCAGCAGAAUCACUUUUGCAAACAGCUGGAAGAUGACAGAUGCCGAGGAACACUGCCCCAACGUGCGUGCAGACACUCCUAGCAGCUGCGCAGCCGCUACACAGCAGCAGCUUCUGGAAAUUUUUGGAAUCUGCAAUGUCCUGAUAGGGAAUGAGGCCUUUGCCUCCUGUCAUGGAGUGGUAAAUGUAAACCCUUACAUUGAAGCCUGUGUAGCAGACUUGUGUAGCUGUGACUAUGCAAACAGGCAGGACUGCCAGUGCGAGGCCCUGACCCAGUACUCCCGAGCCUGUGCUCACCGACGGAUAGAGAUGGACUGGAGGCGCACGGACCUGUGCUACCGUGGUUGCCCUGCCACUAUGGUGUACACAGAGUGUGCCAGCUCUUGCCCUCGAACAUGCAGAAAUUCCCAAGGUGACUAUGACUGUGAUGACCAUUGUGUGGAUGGCUGCUCGUGCCCAGAAGGGACACUGUGGGACGAGGGUUCCCUGCGGUGUGUUGUGGAACAGGAGUGUCCCUGUACCCACCUGGGUGUGGAGUACGCACCUGGAGCAAACAUCCCUGACAACUGCAACCAAGCCUACUGUGUUGCUGGCCACUGGGUGAGGACAAACUCGGAGUGUGAUGCCACCUGUAGUAUCCGUGGGGACCCCCACAUCACCACGUUUGACAAGCGUUCCUACCAGUUUGCUGGGGUGUGCCAGUACAUCGUGGCGAAGGACUUUGUUAACGGGAAGUUCACUCUGCUGGCCGACCAGCAGCCGUGCGGGGAUGACGACACCAGCUCCUGUAUCAGGUCAGUGACCCUGAUUGUUGGGGGAAACACAGCCGGCAGGAUCAAGCUUCACCAGCACGGUGUUCUGUCUGUGGGCCACAGCGACGUCCACAUACAGCUGCCGUAUCACAACGAUGAUGUGAGUGUCCGUCGUCUGUCGUCCCUGUUUGUGGAGGUCACGACCAGCUUUGGGCUGACAGUGCAGUGGGACGGAAAAAGUCGUCUCUACACCACUGUGACCCCCGACCUCAAGGGACAUACUAAAGGCCUGUGCGGUACUUUCAAUGACAACCAAAAUGACGACUUCACCACACGUAGUGGUGUCAUCGUUGCGAACAUUGCCGAGUUUGGAAACUCCUGGAAGGUGUCUGCUGACUGUGAGGAUCAGCCUGUGGUGACCUCUGGCCUUCAGCUGGGACCGUGUGCUAUCAACACACAGAGAGCGGGAUAUGCUAGACAGCAUUGUGGUCUGAUGAAUGGAGGCAGUUUUGAGGCCUGUAACCGCCUGUUGGAACCAGCGGCGUACAUAGCAGCCUGCGAGUACGACGUGUGCCAGUGUCAGGAUGGAGAUGACUGCCUGUGUUCUGCCAUCGCCCACUACGCCAGGGAGUGUGCACAGCUGGGAGCUGUGGUCAACUGGAGGACAGAGGGAAACUGUGUUGAGGAGUGUCCCCAGGUGGGACAGGUGUGGCAGGAGUGUGGCUCCGCCUGUAGCUCCAGCUGUCGGUACCUGUCCGAGCCAGACUCCGGCUGUACCGAGGACUGCGUGGCCGGCUGCAACUGUCCACCUGGCCUGUACCAGUCCGAGAGCGGGGCCUGCGUCCCUCAGGAGGAGUGCCAGUGUUUCUACAAAGGGGAGGUGUAUCAGCCACAGACUUCCUCUGUGCUGGGCAACGAAAUAUGCUUCUGUGAGAGUGGUGUAAUGAGCUGUGAGGAGCGGACGUUCUCAGAGAACAACUGUACUGCUGGGAUGGAGUACUUUGACUGUGAAGGAGCAGCCCCUGGGCAGAUGGGAAAAGCCUGUGAAGAGACGUGUGGAAACAUCGGCAUGGAAUGUCUGGCAGAGCAGUGUGUGUCAGGGUGCCAGUGUCCCCACGGGCUGGUUCGGGAUGGGGAUGAGUGUGUGUUGCCAGAGAACUGUCGCUGUGAGCACAAUGGGCAGAUGCAUGAGCCAGGCCAGACCAUCAGUGUGGACUGCAACUCCUGUACAUGCAGACAAGGUGUCUGGUCCUGCACCACCAAAGACUGUGCAGCUCAGUGUAGCAUGUUUGGGAACUCCCACUACACCACCUUUGAUGGUAACAGCUACCAGUUUGAAGGAACCUGCAAGUAUAUCAUUGCCCAGGAUUAUUGCUACAACCAGACUGGAAGUUUCCGUAUCCACGCAGAGAAGACGGCCUGUAACGGACUGUCGGGUAACGUGUGUGCCCGUAAGGUUACCGUGACCCUCCAGCAGUUACAGAUCCAACUGGAGCACGGCAAGGACGUCCACGUUGGACCCAUCCCGGGAUCGGAGGUUGCCUACACUUCCUACAAGUUCAACAUCUACAGAAGUGGAUUCUUCACCAUUGUUAAGGUGGAGAAUGGUAUUGACCUGUACUGGGACAAUGCCACGCGUCUGUACAUCAAGGCGUGGCCCAACCACCGAGGCCGCUUGUGUGGCAUGUGUGGAAACUUUGAUGGAAACCAAAUCAAUGACUUCAACACGCCCGAGCUGGACAGGGCCACCACAGUCCAGGACUUUGCCAACAGCUGGAAGGCUUCCAGUGUAAGUACUGAUCUCCAUUCAUGUAGGUGCCAGUGUCCCCACGGACUGGUUCGGGAUGGGAAUGAGUGUGUGUUGCCAGAGAACUGUCGCUGUGAGCACAAUGGGCAGAUGCACGAGCCAGGCCAGACCAUCAGUGUGGACUGCAACUCCUGUACAUGCAGACAAGGUGUCUGGUCCUGCACCACCAAAGACUGUGCAGCUCAGUGUAGCAUGUUUGGGAACUCCCACUACACGACCUUUGAUGGUAACAGCUACCAGUUUGAAGGAACCUGCAAGUAUAUCAUUGCCCAGGAUUAUUGCUACAACCAGACUGGAAGUUUCCGUAUCCAUGCAGAGAAGACGGCCUGUAACGGACUGUCGGGUAACGUGUGUGCCCGUAAGGUCACCGUGACUCUCCAGCAGUUACAGAUCCAACUGGAGCACGGCAAGGACGUCCACGUUGGACCCAUCCCGGGAUCGGAGGUUGCCUACACUUCCUACAAGUUCAACAUCUACAGAAGUGGAUUCUUCACCAUUGUUAAGGUGGAGAAUGGUAUUGACCUGUACUGGGACAAUGCCACGCGUCUGUACAUCAAGGCGUGGCCCAACCACCGAGGCCGCUUGUGUGGCAUGUGUGGAAACUUUGAUGGAAACCAAAUCAAUGACUUCAACACGCCCGAGCUGGACAGGGCCACCACAGUCCAGGACUUUGCCAACAGCUGGAAGGCUUCCAGUUCCUGUCCUGAUGUUGAGGCACCGCUAGCUGACUACUGUGCUCUGCACCCACACCGCCAAGCCUGGGCACAUCGACAUUGUAACAUCAUCCUGUCUGACACCUUCCGCCCCUGCCACUACAAGGUGGACCCUGAGCCGUACUACGAGGCCUGUGUGCAGGACUCCUGCAGCUGUGACAGCGGUGGUGACUGUGAGUGUUUCUGUACCGCUGUAGCUGCCUAUGGAGACAAGUGUAACACUCGGGACGUCCACAUCAGGUGGAGGACACACGAACUCUGCCCCACCCAGUGUGAAGACUAUAACUGGGACCCAGAGAAGUGUGAGUGGCACUAUGAUCCCUGUGGAACAUCCUGCCCAGCAACCUGUGAGGACCCCUAUCCAUCCACCUGUGAUCUGCAGUGUAUGGAGGGCUGCCAUCCUAAAUGCCCAAAUGGAACAGUCCUGUACAACGGCAAGUGUAUCCCACCCAUGGACUGCCCUGCCACCACUACAGUACUACCAACCACUACAGCCUUCCUUUCAACAACUGUGUCAACUACACUGCUGCCAACAACAACAACAACGACAGAGUCUAUUGAAACCACUACUUUGGAGGUAACAACAGCAGCUGAGACUACAGUCUCCGAGUCCACCACAGUGUCCGGCACCACCGCGGUCUCUGGCACCACCCCUGGUGGUAGUGGUGGUGGGACCACUACUGCUGCCAAAACAACAGUGGGUACACCAACUGGGUCACCAUCUCCAACAUUCCCGACUACCACGGAAACCACAACUGUUUCCACAACAACACAGAGUACCGCUCCUCCAACAACGGUGUCUACAACUGUUUCCACAACAACACAGAGUACCGCUCCUCCAACAACAGUCUCCUCAACCACUGCUGAGGUGACCACGCCAUGUGAGCACACCGAAGUCUGCUAUUGGACAAGCUGGAUCAACUCUGACAAGCCCAGCAUACAGGGGUCUGGUGACAAUGAGACACUUGCACAUCUCCUGCAAGCUGGGAAUAACAUCUGCAUGCAUCCCAGCAUGAUUGAGUGCCGCACAUCAGCCAUGAACCCUGACAACAUGCGUCUCAUUCCUGUGGAGCAAGUCGACCAGGACGUAACCUGUGAUGUGGACCAAGGCUUCCUCUGCCAGGCAGAACUACAGAACAAUCCUUUCUGCCUUGACUAUGAGGUCCGUUUGUACUGCUGUUCUUGUGGUGGCACAGUACCACCAACAUCCACGCUUUCAACUGUAGUGCCGACAACUACCACUGUUUCCACAACAGCCCAACCCACCACUGCAGAAACCACUACUGUUUCCACCAAGACCCCACCCACUACGACAGAAACCACCACUGUUUCUACUACGGCUUACCCCACCAUUGCAGAAUCCACCACCCCAUGUGAAUACGUCCAAGAGAUGUGUGAAUGGAAGGAGUGGAUGAACAAGGAAUAUCCCAAUCCUAGCAAUCCUAACCAGAAUGAAACCUAUGCCAACUUGAGAGACAGUUAUGACUUCUGUGAAACUCCUAUGGGCAUACAGUGUCAAAUCAGUGGCAUGCCAAUGAAUGUGCCAUUUGAGUCUGUAGCUCAAGAAGGUGUAACCUGUGAUAUGGACAGUGGGCUGUACUGUGAUGCAAGCCAGUUGACUGGCUUCUUUCAAGUCUGCUACGACUAUGAAAUCCGUGUAAAAUGCUGCUGGGAAGAAUGCGUCCCUCCCACCACUGUUUCCACAACAACACUGACAACCACUUCAGAAACAACCACUGCGUAUGUCUCACCCACUACUACAGAAACCACCACUGUUUCCACAGCAGUCCCAACCACUACUACAGAAACCACCACUGUUUCUACUACGACUUACCCCACCACUGCAGAAUCCACCACCCCAUUGACUCCAACUGGUUCUCCAUCACCAACACAGCCACCCACUACAGAAUCCACCACUAUUUCCACAACAGCUCUGCCCACCACUACAGAAUCCACUACUGUUACCACGACAACCCCAACUACCAAACCAACCACAACAGUUUCUACAACAGCUGAGACAGAAUUCACUACACCACCAGGUCCUACAACAACUGAGAUGGAAACCACAGGGCCUACAACAAAAGUUUCGCCCACCACUACAGAAACCACCACUGUUUCCACGACGACCCCACCCACUACUACCCCAACAUCCUGCGGGUAUGUUUGCAACUGGACAGACUGGAUGAACUCCUACAAUCCCAGCACAGAUAUGCAGCUGAAUGAUGUGGAGUCAUUGGAAAACCUUCACAACAGCUUCAGCUUCUGUGAAACACCAAUGGGCAUGGAGUGUCGAUAUGCUGAAAGCCCUGACCUGGACUUCAAUUUGUAUCAUCAGCCUGGGGUGACAUGUGAUGUGGGCUCUGGCUUGUUGUGUGAAUCCAGCAUGACUAGUGAAGGGGUCUGCAUGGACUAUGAGGUGAGGGUCCAGCGUUGCCAUGUGCCUGACUCAUGCAAAACAACAACCCAGCCAACCACUGCAGAAACUACCACUGUUUCCUCAACAGCUCUGCCUACCACACCAACAACGACAGUUACUACAACAACCCAGACUACCACAGAGACAACUUCAAGUACAACAGUUAUGACUCCAACUGGUUCUCCAUCACCAACCCAGCCACCCACUACAGAAUCCACCACUAUUUCCACAACAGCUCUGCCCACCACUACAGAAUCCACCACUGUUUCCACAACAACUCCUACUACCAAACCAACCACAACUGUUACUACAACAGCUGAGACAGAAUUCACAACAUUACCGGGUCCUACAACAACUGAGAUGGAAACCACAGGGCCUACAACAAAAGUUCCGCCUACCACUACAGAAACCACCACUGUUUCUACAACAGCUCCGCCUACCACAACAGAAACCACCACUGUUUCCACGACGGCCCCACCCACUACUACAGAAACCACCACUGCUGCAGUGUCCGGCACCACCCCUGGUGGUGGUGGUAGUGGUGGGGAGACCACUACUGCUGCCAAAACAACAUCCCUGCCAACUACUACAGAAACCACCACCGUUUCCAUGACGACCCCACCCACCACUACCCCAACAUCCUGUGGGUAUGUUUGCAACUGGACAGACUGGAUGAACUCCUACAAUCCCAGCACAGAUAUGCAGCUGAAUGAUGUGGAGUCAUUGGAAAACCUUCACAACAGCUUCAGCUUCUGUGAAACACCAAUGGGCAUGGAGUGUCGAUAUGCUGCAAACCCUGACCUGGACUUCAAUUUGUAUCAUCAGCCUGGGGUGACAUGUGAUGUGGGCUCUGGCUUGUUGUGUGAAUCCAGCAUGACUAGUGAAGGAGCCUGCAUGGACUAUGAGGUGAGGGUCCAGUGUUGCCAUGUGCCUGACUCGUGCAAAACAACAACCCAGCCAACCACUGCAGAAACUACCACUGUUUCUACAACAACCCCGACUACCACACCAACCACAACAGCUGAGACAGAAUUCACUACACCACCUGGUCCUACAACAACUGAGAUGGAAACCACAGGGCCUACAACAAAAGUCCCACCCAUCACAACAGAAUCCACCACUGUUUCCACGACAACCCGGCCCACUACUACAGAAUCCACCACUGUCUCUACAACAGCUCCGCCUACUACUACAGAAUCCACCACUGCGUAUGUUCCACCCACCACUACAGAAUCCACCACUGUUUCCAUGACGACCCCACCCACCACUACCCCAACAUCCUGCGGGUAUGUUUGCAACUGGACAGACUGGAUGAACUCCUACAAUCCCAGCACGGAUAUGCAGCUGAAUGAUGUGGAGUCAUUGGAAAACCUUCACAACAGCUUCAGCUUCUGUGGAACACCAAUGGGCAUGGAGUGUCGAUAUGCUGAAAACCCUGACCUGGACUUCAAUUUGUAUCAUCAGCCUGGGGUGACAUGUGAUGUGGGCUCUGGCUUGUUGUGUGAAUCCAGCAUGACUAGUGAACGGGCCUGCAUGGACUAUGAGGUGAGGGUCCAGUGUUGCCAUGUGCCUGACUCAUGCAAAACAACAACCCAGCCAACCACUGCAGAAACUACCACUGUUUCUACAACAACCCCAACUACCACACCAACCACAACAGUUAGUACAACAGCUGAGACAGAAUUCACUACACCACCGGGUCCUACAACAACUGAGAUGGAAACCACAGGGCCUACAACAAAAGUUCCGCCCACCACUACAGAAACCACCACUGUUUCUACAACAACCCGGCCCACUACUACAGAAUCCACCACUGUUUCCACGACAGUACCAUCCACUGCAGAGGCGACUACUUCUGUAUCAACCAAAGGUACCACAUCUAUUGCGACUCCUACAGGCUCUCCAUCACCACAUGAAACAACCAUUGUUUUCACAACCCCAAUAACCAGCACACAUUCCACAUCAAUGCCUCCACCAACUACAACUACCCAACCUACAACUGCUCAGCCUUCCACGACCAGGUUGGAAACAACACGCCCAACAACAGCUGAGACAGAAUUCACAACACCACCAGGUCCUACAACAACUGAGAUGGAAACCACAGGGCCUACAACAAAAGUCCCACCCAUCACAACAGAAACCACCACUGUUUCUACAACAACCCGGCCCACUACUACAGAAUCCACCACUGUUUCUACAACAGCUCUGCCCACCACUACAGAAUCCACCACUGUUUCCACGACAACCCCACCACCCACCACUACCCCAACAUCCUGCGGGUAUGUUUGCAACUGGACAGACUGGAUGAACUCCUACAAUCCCAGCACAGAUAUGCAGCUGAAUGAUGUGGAGUCAUUGGAAAACCUUCACAACAGCUUCAGCUUCUGUGAAAGACCAAUGGGCAUUGAGUGUCGAUAUGCUGCAAACCCUGACCUGGACUUCAAUGAGCAUCAUCAGCCUGGGGUGACAUGUGACGUGGGCUCUGGCUUGUUGUGUGAAUCCAGCAUGACUAGUGAACGGGUCUGCAUGGACUAUGAGGUGAGGGUCCAGUGUUGCCAUGUGCCUGACACAUGCAAAACAACAGAGCAAACAACAACAGCAACCCCAACCACCACUGUGACAACAGAGAAACCAACAACAACAAUAAUCCCAACCACCUCUGUGACAACAGAGAAACCAACAACCUCAAUCGCCACAACUACAGAGAGCAUCACAACGAUUUCAACAACAUCCAUUGAGACCACCACUGAGUACUGCCAGGAAACAUGUGUUUGGUCAGAGUGGAUGAACUCAGACUACCCUGGCGUUGGUGUUCCUAAUGACAAUGAGACCUAUGCCCAUCUGCGGGAAAGUUCCCUGGAUUUCUGUCAGCAGCCAGAUGACAUAGAAUGCCGUCUAGACAUUGCACCAAAUGCAGACUUCAGUGUUGCCAAACAAAGUGGGGUGGAGUGUGAUGUCAACAAUGGUCUCCUGUGCCUGUCCAAACUUCUACCAAGGACUGCUCCAGCCUGUUAUGACUAUGCCAUACGAGUGAAGUGCUGUUCUGUGCCAGCCUACUGCACAACGAUGGGUCCUACAGGAUCGCCUUCGCCAACUAUCCCCACAACACAAGAAACCACUACUACAGGAACCACCACCAUUUCCACAACAGCCCCACCCACUACUGCGGAAACCAUCACCGUUUCCACGACGACCCCACCCACUACUACAGAAACCACCACUGUUUCCACAACGGCCCCGCCCACCACUACAGAAUCCACCACUGUUUCCACGACGGCCAAGUCCACUACUACACCCUUCAUCCCCCCGAGUACCACCGAGUGUCCAGACUUCUGUGUCGACAUGGCUGGCAAGAUAAUACCGGUUGGUGACACUUGGUAUGAACCAGGGGACCAAUGCCAACGAUCAUUGUUCGUAUGCAACCCAUGUGGCCAGAUUUCCGUUGACCCUCGCAGAUGUGAUGUGGUUGAGCCACCCAGCUGUGCCAAUGGACUGCAGCCUAUUGAUGUGGGGGAGUGCUGUCCAGAGUACCAGUGUCCAUGUGAGUGCAAGGGAUAUGGGGACCCUCACUACUUCACUUUCGAUGGAGAGUACUUCUACUUCCAGGGAGAGGGCGAGUUCAUUUUGGCUAGAGACACCAACGUUCCACAUGACUUUGAGGUCCGGGGUUACAAUGUUCAGUGCACUGUUGCACCCAUCACGACCUGCACUAAGGAGAUCAAGGUCAUCUACAAUGGAAAUACCAUAGAACUGAAGACUGGACAUCAGGUGCUUGUGAAUGGAUCACAGUGGUCCCUACCAUUCAAGGUCGGUGGUUGUAAGGUGACUCAAAUGGGCUUCCCACUGAAGCUGGAGAUUGAGUCCCUGCAUGUGACGGUGGUGUAUGACUGGUUGAGCAGCGGUUUCUACAUCAGUGUGCCUCCAUCCAUGUACUCAGACAAAACUGAGGGACUGUGUGGUCCAUGUAACAACAACAAAACAGACGACUGCAAGGACAGAGAGGGUAACAUCAUGAACGACUACAACAACUGCUCUUGCGACUGGAAGGUGGAAACACCCGGCAGCCCGUCCAACAGCUGCAUUCCUGAACCCAAGCCCACCACCCCCACACCUUGUGACCAGACCCCAUGCGAAGUCCUCUCAGACCCAGAAGGUCCGUUUGGCGCCUGCCACGACGUUGUGGACUACGAAUUCUUCUAUCAGUCCUGUCGCUAUGACACGGGAGCCUGUUACAGCGAGUGUCAGUCCCUGGGAGCGUACGCCUACGUGUGCCAGCGUAUGGGUGUCUGUGUGGACUGGAGAGGGAGGGGCAACAACUGCUCUUAUGAAUGUGAGGAGGGUAAGGUGUACAAGGCCUGCAGCUGUGUGAAGACUUGUGAGAACAUGGACGUCUUCAAUGCCUCGCAGUGUUCCUUGGCAUACAUGGAAACAGAAGGCUGCUUCUGUCCUGAAGACAUGGUUCUCCAUACAUCCUCAGAAGAGUGCAUUUCAGAAGAUACAUGCAAUGGCUGUGAGGAUGAGAAUGGCAUGCCUCAUGCCAUCGGCGACACCUGGAUCCCCCACGAGGGCAGCUGCGAGGAGUGCACCUGUACAGGAUACAGGAAGACGGAGUAACCUCGGGUCUGCCCCACCGACCAGACCAUCCCCAAGUGUGGUGUGUGCGAGUCUCAGAGGAUGGUGGAAGGGUCUGACCCCUGCUGCCCCACCUAUGAGUGCGUGUGUGAUCUGAACCGUGUGGACUGCCCCGAGGUUGUCAUCCCUACGUGCGAACAGUACCAGUACGUCCACCACACCAACCCCGGCGAGUGUAGGCCUGAGUACGAGUGCCGCUGCAACUCUUCUCAGUGUCCCACUGCGCCAGCGUGUGAACAUCCCAAAGUCCUGGACAUGUCUGAGGGAGAGUGCUGUCUGGAGUAUGAGUGUGUGUGUGACGUCUGUCCGACACCCCCCACUCCAUACUGUUCUGCUGAGGAGGGUUACAUCCUUGUGAGCAGUGAGGAUGUCUGUGGGUGUGUGAACGAGUCCUGUGUGUGUCGUGAGAACACCUGUUCCCCUGCACCUGAAUGUCCACCCAACAAGCACCUGGUUACCGUGGAAACCAGCUGCUGCCCUCACUACAACUGCAGCUGUAACACCUGCCCAACCCGGCCAACACCUAGCUGUUCUGUCGGAGAGGUGCCAGGUUACGUGAUCCACGAGACCGAGGACGACUGCGGCUGUGUGAACAGCAGCUGCAUCUGUGACCGCAGCACGUGUCCUGCACCACCCACCUGCGGUGACAACAAGAACCUGGUUACCAUUGAGACUGAGUGCUGCCCAGAGUACAGAUGUGAGUGUAAGGAGUGUCCUGAAGACGACACACGCUGCAGGUUUGGUGAGAUCCAGACAAUCUUUAUGGACGAGUGUUGCAGGCACACCAACUGUACCCCAGAGCCGGUCUGUGUGUACCAGAACACCACCCACCAGCCUGGUACCAGCUGGACUGAUCCCAAUGACGACUGUGUUCAGUGUCAGUGUCUGGAGGAGAUUGAUCCGGAAACAGGGUUCCACAGGGUCUCCUGUGAUGACUACUCCUCACAUUGUGAAGUCAGCUGCCCAGCAUGCCACACCUACCAGGAGCGCAGUGGAGAGUGCUGUGGAGAAUGUGUGAAGACUUCUUGCUGUGUCCUGGAUGGGGAAGAUCUUAUGGAGUAUCCAGCUGGCUCCCAUUGGACUUCUCCCGAAAACAGCUGUUCGCGAUGUUCCUGUUCGGAGAUAGGGGUGGAACAUUGUUCUACAAUCAGCUGUCCACCAGUCCCUACCUGCCCAACUGGUAUGGAAAUGAAAAACACAUCAUCCGCUGAUGGCUGCUGCACAUUCUAUGAGUGUGUGCCAAUGGGCCAGACUACAUGCAGCUUGUACACCAAAGUCGACUAUCUCCAUGUGGAUGACUGUGUGAGUCUGCAGCCCGUCAAUAUCACAUCAUGUGCAGGGCGCUGUGCCUCCAGUUCCAUGUAUGAAGGUGUGGACCUGAAGCACACCUGUGAGUGCUGCCAUGAGGUGUCCAUGGCCGAGGUCUCCGUGCCGAUGGAAUGUGAGGGGACUACAACCUCCUCCAUGUCCUACACCUACCGACAGAUCACGGCUUGCGAUUGUGACACCACGGAGUGUGAGGUGCCGACUGCCCAGCCCUAGCCCAACACACAUCAUGUACCAACACGUCAUAGCUGCAGACUCAUCAUGUGACUGUCACAUGGCCGUUACAUGAGUAUCACAUGGCAGUCACAUGACCAUUCUGUGACUUUGACUAAAGAGAUUGAUAUCACGUGGACAAGAUAAGAUUUAAAUACUAAAUCCCUUAACUUUGCUGAAAAGAUGUUUGAUGAAAUAACAGAAAAAGAAAACAUAGGCAAGCAAACAAAUAAAAGGGGAGAGAAUUCGACUUCAAUCUUGCAAGAUUUGUAGGUCCUAAUUAUACAGCUAAUUCAGCAAAGUUAAAGUGGUUGAAGCAGGCAGCAUUUCUGCGGAACUAUGCAAUAUUGUCUCCUGUGGCUCUGUGGGAGACAAUGUCAGUGGCAUGGGACAGGUGGGGUGGGCUGUACCAUUAGAUGAAGGGUAGGUUCAACAUGGGACUUACCUCCCACAGAGUCACUUGUCUUGUAGAACUGUGCUAUCUCCUUUUUCCAAACAUCUGUAUAAUUCUAGAGAUAUAUAAGGAUAUCCUCUAUUUUUGUCUGAUAGUGCUAUAUUAUACAGGAUGAUGAAUAUGCUCAGGAGACCCAAGGGUCACGUAGCCAAAAUAGUAGUUUUAAUGAUGAUUAAGUUAGUCCUGUCAGGCAAGGCUUGAGCUGUGACUUAUCUGACAGAUUAGAACCACCUUCUUUAGAGCCUUUUGACUUUUAGCCAUGACUUAAACACUGGCUCUGUUGCCAUCAAUCAAUGUAAACAAGAGUAAGGAGUAGGUUUGAAUUUGUACCACCUGGAUUGGAAAAUAACAAGAUUCUAUUUUGGCAACUGACAAUGUAUUUGUCAUGGACAGUAGAAUAGGAUGAUACAAUAUUUUGAAGGUGACCUGUUAAAGCUUUAUUGGACAACAAAGAAUAUCAGAAUGCGACUUGCAACAAUUGACAGCUUUUAAAGAUGCAGAGGCAAUAGAAUAAUGUUAAAUUUCUGUUUGGAACAUUUUUUGCAGUAAGGCCAUGUUGAUUUGAUUAUAUGGAUGACAUCCGCGCGCACAUGAAUUUUCGGCCGUUUCCC